AAGAAAUUGUAAAUUGCACAUACCCAGUCCCCGACUAUGGUCGAUUCUCUUCCCGAUUCCUAAUUCGAUCGGAAACUCCAAACCCAAACCCUAGUUUGUUCGCUGCUCUGCAUUACCAUGGCGGGUAUGGGUGACGGCUACGUUGGGACAGCGCAGGACGCCGUUCGUAUUCGACGCCUGGAGAAGCAGAGAGAAGCCGAGCGUCGCAAAAUCCAAGAACUCAAGAACAAAACCGCAGCUUCCAAAGGCCAACCUGGUCUCCUCCAAUUCGGUUCCAGCACCUCCGAGAUUCUUGAGACUGCAUUCAAGAAGGAGACUGUUGGUUUGGUUACUCGAGAAGAAUAUGUUGAAAAGAGGGUGAAUAUUAAAAACAAAAUAGAAGAAGAAGAAAAGGAGAAACUCCUGAAGUUGCAGCAGGAAGAAGAAGAGCUUCAGUUACAGAAAUUGAAGAAGCGGAAGAUAAAGGCUGACCCUCGACUAUCUUUUUCUGAUGAUUUUGAGAAUGAUAACGAUGAUGAGGAGGAAGAAAAUAGGAAUGAAGAAUUGGAGAAGUUGAGCCGCCAAAAAUUUGGGAAAUAUGGAAAAGAUCCUACAGUUGAAACCAGUUUCUUGCCAGAUAGUGAGAGGGAGGCUGAGGAACAAGCUGAGCGUGAAAGGUUGCGAAAACAAUGGCUUCGCGAGCAAGAACAAAUCAAAAAUGAGCCUCUUGAGAUUACUUAUAGUUAUUGGGAUGGGACUGGUCAUCGGAGAGUCAUUCAGGUUCGUAAAGGUGAUACAAUUGGUGAGUUUCUCCGUGCUGUUCAGCAACAACUUGCUCCAGAAUUCCGAGAGGUUCGGACCGCUUCAGUAGAGAAUCUACUUUAUGUGAAGGAGGAUCUCAUCAUUCCUCAUCAACACAGUUUUUAUGAGCUGAUUGUGAACAAGGCUAGAGGGAAAAGUGGACCGCUUUUCCACUUUGAUGUACAUGAGGAUGUUCGCACCAUCGCUGAUGCUACAAUCGAGAAGGAUGAGUCUCAUGCCGGUAAAGUUGUGGAGAGGCAUUGGUACGAGAAGAACAAGCACAUAUUUCCGGCUUCGAGAUGGGAGAUAUACGACCCAACCAAAAAAUGGGAACGAUACACAAUCCACGGGGAUUGACUCGUUCAUCUAAUCAAGCAUCGCAGCAGGGUACGACAUUUUCAUAUCAGCUCUAAUUAUAAUAUUCAUUUGAUGGUGAGAUUGCAAUUUUCAUGUGUAUGCUAUCAAGCUUUGCUUUUUCCCAUAUAUUGAAAUAGAAAAUGAUGGCUGACUUUAUUCAUCUUGUUAAGUUUGAUUGAACUUUUUAGCUUUUCGUUUGAAUUAUACUAGUCUCAGUAAUUUUACUAGUUACCAACCAA